ACAUGGCACACGACACGGCGCACGGCACACUACUCUGUUUUGCACUCGGUAUUCAUUGCGCACGACACGAGGAUAUUAUCGUAAUAUAAAGGCAGAUUGUAACAAUAAGUAUCAUUAUAAAGCGCUCGAGUAAGACUAAAGUUUGUGCCUUUAACUUUUGAAGACAAUAUUGAAUCUACAAGAUGCUGUGCUCCAAGACCCCAGGUAAUAAGAACCAAUGUUGCCAAAUGAAAUGCGAUAAAAAUGGAUGUGUUUGUAUACAAACUGAAGGACAAUCCAAUGUUUGGUUAUGUCUUGAUGACAAGAAGAAUAUUAUAAAAUGUCAGGAAAAGAAAUCUGAAUGCAAAUAUAUUUCCACGGAAGGUAAAUCAUGCAUUUGCGUUUGUGUUGGUGAUAAUGAAGAAAUUAAAGUAUGCGACGACUGCAAAUGUAUUCCGGAGGAAGAAGAAAGUGGUAAAUCUAGUGAUGAGUGCGAUUGUUACGAUAGUAGCUCCAGUCAGGAAGGUGAAGAAAAUCUUUGCGUUGGUAUAAAUGCAAAAGGAAAAAUUGAGGUUUGUGAUGACUGUUUCUGCGGUCAAGAGGAUACCACGCCUAAAACUUGUGACAAUAAGAAAUGUAACAAAAAACAUUGCGUUUGUAUUCCUACACGUGGUAAAGUAUUCGUUUGCGUUGGUAUCGACUAUAAAGGUACUAUAAUGUGUUACAACGAUUGCACUUGAGAGAACGAUUGCAAA